AUGGGGGAUGUCUGGAGAAUGGGUACUCAUAUGGAAAGUGUGAUAAAAGCCUACAAGACUCUUAGUAAAAUCCCAUCCGUAGUAGGGGGAACAUUAAAUGCUAAUGGGAAUAGGAUUAUAUCGAAGUGGUCGGUACGUAAUAUUGACAAAGGCAAAAACACGAGAUAUAUGAUUGAAUAUUUGAUGGAUAAAAACUUAGAUGUGACCAAUACAAGUUACUUUGGAGUGGAUGUUAGUAAUGAAUUGCUUGUUGCGUAUUCACCGAAUGAGAGUUACAAAGCUGUUAUAUCUGAGGAAAAGGAUGAAAAGGAUUAUAAAAAGAAGUUCUUUUUGGAAAUUUGGUCAGAGAAUUGUCUUAGCCGUUCCAUCGACCUCACCGCACUUGACUUACAUGGAGAUGUUUAUGCAGACUCCGAAUUCGGCUGCCUCGAUUGGUCUUCCGAUGAAAAGAAAAUUGUUUAUGUAGCGGAGAAGAAGGCUAAGAAAUCUGAGCCUUACAUUAAACGGAAGCCAAAAGCUGACAAACCUGAUGAUAAAACAGUACCUGGGGAGGAGCAUUUGUAUAAAGAAGAUUGGGGUGAACAAUUGACUUCCAAAAUACAAGGGGUCAUUGUGGUCUGCGAUGUUGAUAGUGAAACAUUCACUGUAUUGGAUAAUCUACCAGAUGAUUGGUGCCCUGGCCAGGUACGGUUCGCUCCUGACGGCAAGAGUGUGGUGGGGGUAGCCUGGGAGGCUGGGCUUAGACGUCUAGGUCUUAUCUAUUGUACUAACCGACCUAGCUACGUAUUCAGUCUUACGCUAGACGGAGUACUAAAAAAGUUAAGCAAAGAGACGUACUCGGUGCGAUCACCGCGAGUGUCACCUCACAGAGUAGUGUGGCUACAGAGGUAUGCUGGGGGACCUCAUCACUCAUGUCAUCAACUCGUGGGACUGACGCACCAACAGAUACAGUCGAUGAAUGAUGAAGUUGAACCAACGAUCAUAACGGAUCUAGUCGAAACUGAGAGGAAAAUAUCCAACGAGUUUUUCUACGGAAUUUUCUGCCAGGCACUACCUUCAAAGUGUUUUGUCAAAAACAAACAAGGAUUGGAAACUGACGACGAAAGAAUUAUAUUCAGCACCCCGCAGCAAAAUGAAAUUAGGAGUUAUAUAGUACAUGUUGACACCGGUUACAUGGUAGAUAUAUCUCACAAAAAGGAUGGCCCAGGGUCUACAACUGUGUUGUGUGUUAGAUCCGAUAUAGUGCUGGCUACGUUUUCAAACUUAAGAACACCAUCGCAGUUAUUCGUCGCAAGACUUCCACUGGCAGGUCAUGAGGCUGGCAUCGAAUGGGUGUCAGUGAGUGAACCACAUACUGUGCCGAGUUCAAUAUCACAAGGGAAAAUACAGUACAUGCACUUGGACCAUAACAACGAUGACAAAGUCUCCAAGUUCACGGCGAUGUACUUCGGUCCGGACCAACAAGGUGUAUAUCCGCUAGUAGUGUGGCCACACGGUGGACCUCACUCCGCCUUCUCAAACACAUACUCCUUAGAAGCUGCCUUCUUCAAUCUCAUCGGAUUCGCUACACUGUUAAUAAACUAUCGCGGUUCAGCCGGCACUGGGAACGCUUCGAUCUGCUAUUUGCCAAGCCGUAUAGGAACAGCUGAUGUGCUCGAUUGCAAGCUGGCUACAGACAAAGCUAUAGACAUGUUCCCAGUGAACGAUAAGAAGCUGUUGCUAUACGGUGGUUCCCAUGGAGGGUUCCUGGUUGCGCAUCUCAGCGGGUUGUUCUAUGACUUCUACCACGCUGCGGUAAUGAGGAAUCCUGUGAUUGACCUCACUUCAAUGUAUCACACUACUGACAUCGCUGAUUGUCACCUAUCUGGGAGAAUGCCAAGAGAUUUCAAAGCUAUGGUCCUAAGAAAUCCAUUGAUAAAUUUUGUCACUAAAAUCCGCUAUGCCGAUAAUCCCGAUGGGUGUGCUAUCGAAGCCGGAUUCGAAUACAUAGAAGGUGGCAUGGAAUUUGAAGAUACCCUCCUAUUACUACAUCGAGCGUCACCAAUAAUACACUCACAUAACGUGAUCAUACCAACGGCGAUCAUGCUCGGUACAAAAGACAAACGGGUUCCGUACUACCAAGGACUGGAGUUUGCGAGGAAAUUGAAAGCCAAAGGCGUACCUACCAGGGUUUUGGUAUAUGAAGACAACCACGCUCUAAGCUCACUGCCAGUUGAAAUGGACAAUCUUAUCAAUGCAGCUGAUUGGUUCAUUAACGCUAUCAAACCAUAG